AUGUUCUUCGGCGACUCUUCAACAUUCAACCCGACCACCGACAUCCCUCCCCUCACAGGCAAAGUCAUCAUAGUGACGGGAGGCAAUGCCGGGCUGGGCAAGGAAGCUGCUCUCGAGUUUGCGCGGCACCGACCCCGCGAGAUAUGGCUUGCAUGCCGCAGCGCCACCAAGGGCGAGGAGGUAGCAUCUGAGGUCGAGCAGCAGAUUGACGACGCACCGCCGAUCAAGGUCCUGGAGCUCGACCUGUCAAGAUUCGCCUCGGUCAAGAAGGCGGCAAGCCGGGUCCUCGCCGAAACCGACCGGCUGGAUAUCCUCAUGCUCAACGCCGGUGCCAUGGCGCUGCCACCGGGACUCACCGAGGACGGGUACGAGAUGCAGUUCGGCACCAACCACAUGGGCCAUGCCCUGCUGUGCAAGCUCCUGAUGCCGCUGCUACGGCGGACAGCCGAGGAACCGGGGGCCGACGUGCGGGUGGUGUCGCUAUCGUCCAGGGGCCACGCGCAUCUGUUCAGGGGCGUGCCGCACUGGCAUCUGAUGAAGACGACGGCCGACGAGCUCGGCUGCUUUGGGCGGUACGGCGAGAGCAAGCUGGCCAAUGCGCUCUGGGCCCGGCAGCUGGCCAAGCAGUACCCGCAGCUCACCGUCUCCGCCGUCCACCCGGGCCUGGUGCAGACACAGCUCAUGACCAAGGCGGACGGUACGUCGGCGCUCGUCCGGACCUUGGUCAACGUCAUCGGCCCCUGGAUCGUCUCGUCAGCCACACACGGCGCCAGGAAUCAAUUGUGGGCAUCGGUAUCGAAGGAUGUCCAGAGCGGAGAGUACUACGAGCCCGUCGGCCGUGCCGGGCUGGGCAGCGCAUGCGCCAGGGACGACGACCUAGCAAGGAAACUAUGGGACUGGACGGAAAAGGAGCUCCAGGGAAUACAGCUGUAG